AAACCUAAUUAUCCUAAUUUCGGGGCUUUCUCUUUUACACUUUUCAGCUUGAAAAUGCCGCGGUACGAAGAUCGAUAUGCUAAUACACGUCUCUAUGUUGGUCAUCUGGCUUCUCGCACACGAUCACGAGAUCUUGAAUAUCUUUUCAGCAAAUAUGGAAGGUUUCUGGGCUUUUGCCUAACCUGGAGGCCUAUGGUGAGAGGGUUGCCAUGGUGGAAUUGGUGGAAAUUCUUGCCGAGUUAUAGGAGACUUUGGCGAUACUUUCUAUUAUGUUAUUGCGUGUUUUUAUGGAAUUGGCAACAAUCUCAAACUGGUGUUUAGUUCGUCUAUGAGGGGUGAAGUAUCAUACACUUGCAGUACUUAAGUAAUGAUGGCCUUACUGUUUGUGGCAACCGUUUCGCAGAGUACGGGAUGUGGAUAUGAAGCGUGACUACGCAUUUGUUGAAUUUAGUGAUCCUCGAGAUGCUGACGAUGCAAGAUAUCACUUGGAUGGCAAGGAUCUUGAUGGCAGCCGUAUCAUUGUGGAAUUUGCAAAGGGAGUUCCACGUGGUUCCCGAGAGUAUUUGGGGAGAGGUCCUCCUCCAGGAUCUGGACGCUGCUUCAAUUGUGGAAUAGAUGGGCAUUGGGCUCGAGAUUGCAAAGCGGGAGACUGGAAGAACAAAUGUUAUCGGUGUGGAGAAAGAGGACAUAUAGAGAGAAACUGCAAGAACAGUCCCAAGAAACUGAAACGCGGGCGGAGUUACUCGCGAUCACCAUCUCCUCGCCGUGGCAGAAGCCGUAGCCCAAGUUACAGCAGAGGUCGCAGCUACAGCCGAUCAAGAUCUCCACCACCUAAGAGAGAGCGGAGUUUUGAGAAUGAGGAUAGGUCCUUGAGCCGUGAGCCAAAGAAUGGUGUGCCCUCAAAGGGUAGGAAGCGGAGCCCAACACCUGAUGAAGGCAGCCCACGCCCUUCUCCUAAAUCCAGAAAACUGGAUGACCAGCAAGAUCGGUCAGACUAUAGUGGUAGCCCAAGGAGGAGCCGGAGCCCUGACAGAAAGAGCCCUGGAGAUGGGAGGUACGGAAGUCCAGCUCAAACUAAUGGCCGCAGCCGCAGUCCCAGUCCCAGUCCUAGGGAUGGUAGGAGCCCUGUUGAUGAUGAUUACGAGGACAAUCGCCGCUCCCGCUCCCGCACUCGCUCCCGUUCCCGCUCUGCGAGAGGCAGCGAGUCACCAUAAAGUGCACGCCAAUGUAAUUGGAAGAUGCCUGAAUUGUGCAGCAAUGCCAUCCGCAAGACCUAAUGCCUUCAAGUUCUUAAUUAGACAAUCUUAAACAUUUUAUGUGCUUUGGAAGUAGGGAAAGUGUACUUGAGACAGACAUGGAUUGAGGAAGCAUAUUUUGAAUUUCUGAUAUUUGGCGUUUGAUUAAUUCGAUAAUGUUAGUUUGAUA